AUGUACGCCACACAGCCGUAUCUUGAGCUGCGCGAGAGAUUAUCCCAAAUAUGGAUAAAUCGUUAUACACUGCUACUUAUGCUAUGCAUGGUAAAGAUCUUGCUCUUUACAAGCUCUCUGCGAUUUUCACUGAAUAACUCAAAAGUUCAUGUGCUAGAGGAGUGCUCCAACAUCGAACAUUAUUAUAAUAUACUUAGAAAUGGCACCCCGCACUAUAUGGGCAAAAUGGGGAAUUAUCUGGUGGCGCACGCCUUGGAAGCCACGGUUGAAUCUCUUCUAGCUCUACUGACAAGUCUGGCGACGGUAGUCGAAGUGGUGGCGCAUUUCAUGAUCGAAUUAUGGCUAGGCACAUACGCAUGCCUGCUGUUUAGCGCUGCACAUGGCGCCGUGGAAGUGGCGACAAAUGUGACUGAAAAGGUAAUUGGUGUGGCCAACAAAACGCUUAUUGCAGCAGCAAACGAGCUAGAUAAUGGCCUCGACGGACUUUCAAAAGUACUGAACAAGAUAAUCGAAACUGGCACAAAAGUCAGCCACCUUUUCAAGGAUGACGACGAAGAGCAUGCCAGCCCCGAAGGACAGUUCAAAAAAAUCAACCUCACCAUCGCCAGUCUACGAACAGUCAAGAUCCCCGAGUCAGUAAACGACAAACUACGUUCGUUAGCGGAAAAGACACCGGAUUUCGAGGACGUGAAGAACAAAACUAAGGGACUUGUCUCAAUACCGUUUCAGACCCUCAAAAAUGAGAUAAACGGCAUCAAUGCCACGAGUAUGCUCAAAAACCGCAAGCUUAUGAGUGUGCCGCCGAUUGACAUGGGAGACGCAGCGGACGGGGUAUGCUCUGCCAAUAGAGACGGAAUUGAGAGCGUGUAUCGCAACCUGAACUCUGCCCUUAUCUACUCGCUGGUUGCCACCGCCGUCUCCCUGGCCAUUGUCGCACUGCUGUGUCUCAUACCCGCCGCAUGGCAUGAAUACAGGCAGUGGGAGCGCCUCUCAGCACUACGCGACCACGAAAGGACAGUUGAUUGUAAGGACCCCUUUGCAGACACUCACAGCAGCGCAAGCGCCUCCACAGCCUCCUCCACCCGCUGCGACGUCAUCCAAAAUUACCAAGGUGUCUUCCAUCGAGCACCCACCCUGAUUGGCGAAUGGGUGGCGCGGCACACUGCCCACACACAGGAGGGUGCCCUCAGGAUCCAAUGGCUCUUGGCAUACGUCCUCUCACCUAGGGCGCUGGUCCCGCUGGCCCUCGGCCUCGCUGGCGUCCUGGUGUGCGGGUGCCAGUUCCUGAUCAUACACGCGCUGCGCAUACAGUUGGCCAGCACCAGCACCCGCGACAGCCUCCAACGGCUAGAGACGGACACCGCAGGCCUUGUCGCCCACGACCUUUCCCGCUGGGCCGACAGCACCAAUGCAUACAUAAACGGCACAGAGGCCUCCGUAAAUGCCGGCCUCCUCGGCUGGGUUACCACAGCCACUACAGCCCUCAAUACCACCGUCGCCGCCCUGCUCGCCGACAUCGAUUCCACCGUCGACCGCGCGUUCGCAGACACGCCACUUCACCGCCCCAUGGUGACCGUUGUCUCCUGUGUAAUCGGGAACAAGUUGCGCGCCAUCGAGGCAGGCCUCACCUGGACCCACGACCACGUACGCAUCGCCCUGCCGCGCAUCCAUACCGCCCGCCUUCGCGACGCUGUCGCAGAACCAGACCUUCCAACCCAUCCCGCCUACACAGCCGUGCUCCAGUCCCUCAGUGACCGCUUACGUCAUUCGGUUGACCGUGUGCUACAUCAGUGCUGUGCCGCGGUCCGCAUUGAACUCUACGUAUCGCUUGCCCUGCUCGGCCUCUGGAUUCUGCAGACACCUCUCGGCUUGGCAAUGCUGCUAUUCAAGUCGCACUGCCGUCGCAGGAACCUGCGCCGCAGAGUGCCUUGA